GACCCAGGCGCCUCCGAUGCACUUCCGGGCGCCGUUCAAGGUGAGCUAGGGGCUCCGAGGCCCUCUCCUCGAAGAAAGGGAACUUUCCCACCAGCUCGCAGCCUAGGUGCCCAGGACUGGGGUUAGGCUGCCCAGGCGGAGGCCGAGUAACCACCAGAGGACGCAGAGCCGUUCGGACGACUGGAUUCCCGGCGAGGCCCAACCGCCUCUAUACCCCACCGGCUCUGCCCCGCGGCCCCGAGGAGGUCGCGCCGCGGUCCGGCGAUCCUGGGUUUCCGGAAGCGGCUGUGACUGCUCCCCUGCGUCCCCUCGGCCCCGCCAGGCGGCGCCGUCAGCCUGUCCCGCAGGCUUCCCCUGAGGCUGCGAGCCCUGACCACCCAGGGGUGUUGAGGUGGGCGAGGUGAGGUGGAGAAGCGGGCUGUCCGCGAGCAGGCUACCACUUGGAAUAAGUCCCCCCUCGUGGACUGCUUUUCGUCACUAGUGUCUCCUGGAGUCCGUGUGCGAGUUCCUGCGCCCCGCUCCCAAAGAUCCUGAUUCAGGAGGUCUGGGGUGGGGGCCAGGGAAUCAACAUUUUAAAAUAGCCACUCCAGGUUGGUGCGCAGCCUGCAGACCCCACCGUCAGAAACACUGGUGCCCCUGGUGGAGAGGAACAGUGCCCUGGGCUGGCUAUGGAACUGCUUUAUCUUCAGCAAGGCUCCCAAGAGGAAGUGAUUCUAGCUGGGCGUUCAUUGAGGCACCAGAAUACCCCAUGGUUCUCUGCCCCACAGUGAUGCACUCUCUGCCCGGCCGCCGCCACGAGGAUGCAGAAGAUCUCCGUGCUGCUCUUCCUGGUCUGGGUCUGCUUCCUCUUCUACGCUGGCAUUGCCCUCUUCACCAGUGGUUUCCUGCUCACCCGUUUGGAGCUCACCAACCAUAGCAGCUGCCAAGAGCCCCCAGGCCCUGGGCCUCUGCCAUGGAGGAGCCAAGGGGAGCCCGGGGCCUGCUGGAUGGCUGCCCGAUUCUCCCGGGUUGUGUUGGUGCUGAUAGAUGCUCUGAGAUUUGACUUCGCCCAGCCACAGAGCUCACACGUUCCUGGGGAGCCUUCCGUCUCCCUGCCCUUCCUGGGCAAAUUGGGCUCCUUGCAGAGGAUCCUGGAGAUUCAACCCCACCAUGCCAGGCUCUACCAGUCUAAGGCUGAUCCUCCCACUACGACCAUGCAGCGCCUGAAGGCCCUCACCACGGGCUCACUGCCUACCUUUAUUGAUGCUGGCAGUAACUUUGCCAGCUACGCCAUAGUGGAAGACAAUCUCAUUAAGCAGCUCACCAGUGCAGGAAGGCGUGUGGUCUUCAUGGGAGAUGAUACCUGGAAAGAUCUUUUUCCUGGAGCUUUCUCCCAAGCUUUCUUCUUCUCCUCCUUCAAUGUCAGAGACCUACACACAGUGGACAAUGGCAUCAUGGAACAUCUCUACCCAACCAUGGACAGUGGUGAAUGGGAUGUGCUGAUUGCUCACUUCCUGGGUGUGGAUCACUGUGGUCACAAGCACGGACCUCACCACCCUGAAAUGGCCAAGAAACUUAGCCAAAUGGACCAGGUGAUCCAGGGAAUUGUCGAACGUCUGGAGAAUGACACACUGCUGGUGGUGAUUGGGGACCAUGGGAUGACCAAGAGUGGGGACCAUGGAGGGGACAGUGAGCUGGAGAUCUCGGCCGCACUUUUUCUGUACAGUCCCACAGCUCUCUUCCUGCGGGCCCCACCAGAGGAGCCAGAGGUAGUUCCUCAAAUCAGCCUUGUGCCGACGCUGGCCCUGCUACUGGGCCUGCCCAUCCCGUUUGGGAACAUCGGGGAGGUGAUGGCUGAGCUGUUCUCAGCGGUUGAAGACUCCCAGCCUCAUUCCUCUGCUCUGGCCCAAGCUACAGCUCUCUAUCUCAAUGCCCAGCAGGUAUUUCGAUUUCUUCACACCUACUCAGCUGCUGCACAGGAUCUCCAAGUUGAGGAGUUUCAUCGGCUGAAUAACCUCUUCUCCAAGGCCUCUGCUGACUACCUACGGCUUCUGCAGAGCCCCCAGGGGGCCGAAGCAGCACUACAGACUGUGAUUACUGAGCUGCAGGAGUUCCUGCGGGGAGUUCGGGCCAUGUGCAUUGAGUCCUGGGCUCGGUUUUCUCUGGUCCGCAUGGCAGGGGGUGCUGCUCUUUUGGCUGCUGCCUGCUUUCUCUGCCUGCUGAUAGCCCAGUGGGCAACAUCCCCAGGCUUUCACCUCCGCCCUCUCCUCCUAAUACCCGUGGCCUGGGGUCUGGCUGGGGUUGGAGUGUGUGCUGGCCUUCUGGCAACUACUGAGCUGAAGCUGGAUCCCGUGGUUCUAGGCGCUGUGGCUGCAAUGGGUUCAGUCCUGCAUAUUCUGUGGAAAGCCUGGGCUGGCUGGGGGUCCAAGAGGCCUCUUGCAGCCUUGCUUCCCAUUCCCAGGCCUGUUCUGUUACUUCUGCUCAUUCGCUUUGCUGCUUUCUUCUCUGAUAGCUUCGUUGUAGCCGAGGCCAGGGCCACCCGCUUCCUUUUGGGCUCACUUAUCUUGCUCCUGGUUGCCCAGCUUCACUGGGAGGGCAAGCUACUGCCGCCUAAGCUACUCACAAUACCCCGCUUUUCGGCCCCAACAGGCCCCUCACGGCACAAGGGAACGCAUGCCCUGGGGCUUGGAGUUGGGUUGCUUUUGUGUAUAAGGCUAGCUGGGCUUUUUCAUCGCUGCCCUGAAGAGACACCUGCUUGCCACUCCUCUCCCUGGCUGAGUCCCCUGGCGUCCAUGGUGGGUGGUCGAGCUAAAAAUUUGUGGUAUGGAGCUUGUGUGGGGGCCCUGGUGGCCCUGUUAGCUGCUGUGCGCCUGUGGCUUCGCCGCUACGGUAAUCUCAAGAGCCCUGAGCCCCCUGUGCUCUUUGUGCGCUGGGGGCUGCCCCUAAUGGUCCUGGGCACUGCUGCCUACUGGGCAUUGUCAUCGGGAGCAGAUGAAGCACCCCCACGUCUCCGAGCCCUGGUUACUGGUGCAUCAGUUGUGCUGCCCAGGGCUGUUGCAGGGUUGGCUGCUUCAGGGCUCUUGCUGUUGCUCUGGAGGCCUGUGACGGUGCUGGCAAAGGCUACGAUGGGUGCUCCAAGGAUGAGGACUGUCCUCACUCCCUUCUCAGGCCCCCCCACUUCUCAGGCCGACCUGGAUUAUGUGGUUCCUCAAAUCUACCGACAUAUGCAGGAGGAGAUCCGGGGCCGGCUGGAGAGAACGAAAUCUCAGGGUCCCCUGACUGUGGCCGCCUAUCAGUUGGGGAGUGUCUACUCAGCUGCUAUGGUCACGGCCCUCACCCUCUUGGCCUUCCCACUUCUGCUAUUGCACGCAGAGCGCAUCAGCCUUGUGUUCCUGCUUCUGUUUCUGCAGAGCUUCCUUCUCCUGCAUCUGCUUGCUGCUGGGAUACCCAUCACUACCUCUGGUCCUUUUACUGUGCCAUGGCAGGCAGUCUCUGCUUGGGCCCUCAUGGCCACACAGACCUUCUAUUCCACGGGUCACCAGCCUGUCUUUCCAACCAUCCAUUGGCACGCAGCCUUCGUGGGAUUCCCAGAGGGUCAUGGCUCCUCUACCUGGCUGCCUGCUUUGCUGGUGGGAGCCAACACCUUUGCCUCCCACCUCCUCUUUGCAGUAGGUUGCCCAUUGCUCCUGCUCUGGCCCUUCCUGUGUGAGAGCCAAGGGUCCCAGAAGAGGCGGCAGCCCCACGGGAAUGAAGCUGAGGCCAGAGUUGGGCCUGAGGAGGAGGAGGAGGAGCCACUGAUGGAGAUGCGGCUCCGGGAUGCCCCUCACCACUUCAAUGUAGCACUGCUGCAGCUGGGCCUCAAGUACCUCUUUGUCCUUGGUAUUCAGAUUCUGGCCUGUGCUUUGGCAGCCUCCAUCCUCCGCAGGCACCUCAUGGUCUGGAAGGUGUUCGCCCCCAAGUUCAUUUUUGAGGCCGUGGGCUUCAUUGUGAGCAGCGUGGGACUUUUCCUGGGCCUAGCUUUGGUGAUGCGAGUGGAUGGUGCUGUGAGCUCCUGGUUCCAACAGCUAGUUCUGGCCCAGCAGAGGUAGCCUAGGCUGUGGGUGCUGACUCCUGGCUGUGGGGAGAACUGAAGAACAAUCCAGUCUGGCCUGUAAGGUGCUGGAUCAUCUGCAAGAGAGGCUCAGCCACACCUCUUACCACCAUGCAGCCAGGAGCUACUGGCAUCUGGGACUUUAUUAUUUUAUAAUUAAAAAGCAUAGUGGGACUUGAUCUUUAACUCCUGUUUCAAAUGCAUCUUUGGGACUGGGGGUGAUCUCCAAAGUGGAAUAAUAUAAUGUAAAUGAGUGUGUUUGAGAUGUGGGGAAGCCCCCACUGUCCUAUAUGGGCUAGCGGGAGUGUAAGUCACCCUUCCCACCUGGCACAGAUGGGAUCAGUUCUGCAGAACUGCUGUACCUAAGAACCUUUGGGAAAUAGUUGCAGUGGUGUGAAUUCACUUCCCCCAGCUCUUCCCAAUUCAUGCUUUGACUGUUAAAAAAAAUGGCUGAAAAGACAAGCCCAGGCAUCUUGGAGCACAGAGACUUUCACUGCCUGAGUAGUGCUGUCUCCUGUACUGUGUGCUUCAAUCCAGAACACCCUUUGCCUUCACUUCUGUGGAGGCCUCCCUAGUUUCCCAACCAGUGUUGCCUUUUAUUAGACCUACUUGCCCAGCUUAAAGCGUUCUACUUUGUCCCAUUGAUUAUUCCUAACUUGAUACCAAAACUAUGAAUCUAAUGUUCCUCAUAUUUAUCUCUUGUGUCCUCCAUCCACCUCCCUACUCCUGUAGCAUGUGGAAAUGCUGACAUGAAAUCCCUGUGGAGAUGUUCAUCAAAAGAGUGAGGAACAGGCUCUGAGGAGAAGGGUCAGGACUGGGGUUUGAGGUUGGAGAGGACUCGGGACAGGAUGAGAUAAGACCACUGAAAGAAGAGUGGAUGUUAAAACUGGGGGAUAACAUCUGCCUUUACCUCACAAGGUAAGAAGAGAAACUGAGGAGCAGUGUUUGUGCAGUAAAGGCAUUCACUGCUGUAGUAGCUAAAGGAAGAGUCCUAAUUAUUAAUGGCCAACAGUCCUUAGUGCUAAUAAAGGUCAAAUAGGAAGAUGAUGAAAAGUGUACUGUUUCACGCAAUUAGAGGAUAGGACAUUACAUCCUGGCAGGGAUAGACUUAAUAAUGCAAGGGGAGAAGUUAGGCCCCAGCUAGCCUAUAAGAUGAAUUAGAAAAAGUCCCUUACCCUCCCUCAGUCUGGUGGACACAGCUCCCAGGCAUCAUUUAGUGAGCAGACAAUGCCUUUGUGAAAAGAAAUAAAGACCUUUUCUCCAUCUCAAGACCCAGGGGAAGGAUUUUAGGUACAUCCCCGCCUCCUGCUUUUCUUCGUUGGGAGCCCCGUCCCUGAAGCCUAAAGAUAAUCUGAUCUGCCAACCACUGUUUCCUUUUCUCCCAGAAUAUCUACAAGAUUCUUUUAGAGACAGACCUGUUAGCACAUUGAUUUAUACCAGUGGUUCUCAACCUUCUGGCCCUUUAAAUACAGUUCCUCAUGUUGUGACCCAACCAUAAAAUUAUUUUCGUUGCUACUUCAUAACUGUAAUGUUGCUACUGUUAUGAAUUAUAAUGUAAAUAUCUGAUAUGCAGGAUGGUCUUAGGCGACCCCUGUGAAAGGGUCGUUGGACCGCCAAAGGGGUCGUGACCCACAGGCUGAGAACCGCUGGUUUAUACUAUUAAAAAUUUGUAUCCCUGCCUUUUACUAGACAUCAGAGAGCCCCUUCCACACUAAUUCAUUGUGUUUAUUUUAAAAAAGCUUUACAGAGGCACAAUUUACCAUAACAUUUCCCCAUUUAAAGUAUACAAUUUAAUGAUUUUUAGUAUAUUCACAGAGUUACACAGCCAUCACUACAAUCAGUCUUAGAACAUUUCACCAACCCACAAAGAAACUAGAUACUUUUUCCUAUUACCCUCCAUGCCUCCCCCUGCACCACCAGCCCUAGGCAACCACUAUCCUGACACUUCAUAAAAAUGUAUGGCCUUUUGUGACUAGUUUCUUCCGUUCAGCAUAAUGUUUUUAAGAUGCAUCCAUAUAGUACCAUGUAUCACUACUUCAUUCUUUUUCUCACUUAAAAUUCACAUAACAUAAAAUUAAC